AUGACCAAUGGAUCUUAUCACUCAAAGCUGCCCAACUCAACAAUGGGUGACAGACAAAGACAUCUCCAUUUUGUCUUCAUGAACUAUGAUCCAGAAUACGAACGCCUGCAAUCUGACAGAACAAAGAGAGGGGCAAUGGAGGUGGAAAUGUACUUGAGCACCAAGCAUAACGAUCUGUUGGCUAAGAAACUUGAGCCUGGAACUUACCACAAGACCUUAUCGUUGUUCAUCGUUGAUGCUUUUGCUGUUCAAAUCACUGAUGCUCAGGCCGAUGUGCUUAGAUCUGCAAAAGAAGUAAGGGUGGUGGAGAAGAACCAAGAGCUUCCUUGAAAUAUUAUUGUUUCUGAGGUGGGUUGGAUUUGAUGAGGAAGCAUUUUGCUUAAAGAUCUAGUUUUACCUUGAGACAUGUGGUCUUUAGUCUUUAUAUAUUUAACCUAAGCUACCUACAUUUGUAUAGCAUAAGAUACUAUUGUAUUGCUUAUUGGCUUUCUUUCAGAUGGUUAAAAUUUAAACCAGUGUUUAGACUUUAGAAAAGAUGUAUAAUGUAUUCCCAUCUCUAAUUUUACAUACAUCAUGUAAGAUCCGCUUACGUCGAUAUUAUGAUCCUUAGGCAAUAUUAUUGCCAAAGAUAUAUCAAAAUAUGGCUCGCUUUUAUUUUCGUA